AUGACCAUCGCGCCAGCGGAUAAUCGCCGUGGGAAUGCACUCCACCGCUAUUAUAUCCCGCAUCAUGCUGUCGUACGAGACAGCAGUGCCACGACGCGCUUACGCGUCGUUUUCAACGCGUCGUGUCGAACCUCGGACGGCACAUCCUUGAACGAUCACUUGAUGGUCGGGCCUAAGCUCCAGCUCGAUCUCGCCACGGUGCUAAUGCGAUGGCGUCAACAUCGCUAUGUCUACACUGCCGACAUCGCAAAGAUGUAUCGGCAAAUUCUAGUUGACCAACGCGAUGUUGACUACCAGAGGAUUCUGUGGCGAGAGUCUCCGGAACAACCAGUCGAGGAGUAUCAACUACUCACAGUUACCUACGGCACCGCUUCCGCUCCUUACCUCGCUCUCCGUGUUUUGCGACAGUUAGCGCAAGAUGAAGGCGCCUCAUUUCCGCUCGCGGUUCCGGUUCUCCUUUCGCAACUUUACGUCGACGACAGCGUGUUCGGCGCCGACGAUAAAAUUCUCGCGCGCCAGACUCGCGACCAACUUGUCGCUUUAUUAGAAAAGGGCGGUUUUCGCUUGAGAAAAUGGGCAAGCAAUUGCGCAGAUCUUCUAUCGGAUAUUGAUCCGUCCGAUCACGGUCUUGCCUGCUCAAAGGAGCUAUAUGAUGAUGAGCGAUUGAGCGUGCUAGGUCUCACGUGGGACCCGUGUCGCGAUGUCUUUCGGGUUAAAGUUUCUCUCCCGACACAUAUUUCGAAAACGAAACGCGAGAUCUUAUCGACCAUCGCCAAACUAUUUGAUCCGCUCGGUUGGAUCACCCCCGUCGUGAUUACCGCAAAAAUAUUUCUGCAAACAUUGUGGCAAUUAAAAUGCGAUUGGGACGACGACAUUCCCGGCGAUUACGCAACCGACUGGGAACGCUAUUAUUCGCACUUAUCGUGCCUUCAUCAACUCGAAAUCGCGCGCUGGACGCGAUCCGGCUCUCAUACCUUGAAAACGGAGUUACACGGUUUCUCAGACGCCUCUACGAAAGCCUAUGCGGCGGUAGUCUACCUCCGUAACAUUAACAUCGACGGAUCGGUCGACGUUUUCUUGCUCGCCGCGAAGUCCAAGGUCGCCCCUCUCAAAACAUUAAGCGUUCCGCGUCUCGAGUUAGCCGCUGCACAUCUUCUUUCGCGCCUCGUGCAGUUCGUUCGAACGACGCUUCAACUGCCGAACAUCGAAAUACAUUGUUGGACGGAUUCCACCAUAACGCUAGCCUGGCUAAGUAAAUCGCCGUCUUGCUGGCGAACGUUCGUAGCAAAUCGCGUCGCGGCCAUUCAAACGACCUUACCGGACAUACCGUGGCGCCAUGUUCCGACUUACGACAACGCCGCCGAUGCCGCGUCCCGUGGUCUUGCUCCGGAGGAACUAGCUCCACAUCCGUUAUGGUGGCACGGACCCCCGUGGCUGUCUUUGCCUCCAACCUCUUGGCCGAACGGCAAUCUCAUACAAGAUGAGAUCACAUCCACCGAUCUUUUGGAGAAACGAAACGUACACGUCACGGAUUCUCCGGCGCCUCCGGAAUUAUGGGAUCUCGCUUUUCGCUUCUCAUCAUGGCCGAAAUUGCUUCGCGUGACCUCGUAUCUAAUUCGAUUCGGGAAUCUCGCGCGACGGCAAAAUCAAUCACUCGAACGCAGUUCGCGCGUCGACGAAAUCGCCGCAGCCAAAGCGUACUGGCUCCGCUGUAUACAGGCAGCUAUGUUUCCCGCUGAAUUAGUCUGUCUCGCUGCGAAGAGAUCCGUGUCCAAAUCCAGUCCGCUUUCAUCUCUCAAUCCUUCGCUGAGCGACGACGGACUCAUCCGCGUCCGCGGACGUCUACGUCACGCUCGCCUGCCAGAUUCGACGAAGUACCCGAUCGUCCUUCGGUCGCAUCCUCUCCUUUCCCUCAUCAUCGAUCAUCACCAUCAUCGCAUGCUACACGGCGGUUCACAACUCACUCUCGCAUCCUUACGUUCCGAAUUCUGGAUUCUUCGCGCUCGCACUUGUACCCGCGCAGUCCUUCACAAAUGUGUGCGAUGUGCCCGCGAGGCUGCGACCAUUCCAAAUGAACUCAUGGGAGAUCUUCCGUCGGUUCGCGUAAAUCGCGCGGCGCGACCGUUUUCACACACGGGAGUCGAUUAUGCUGGUCCUAUUUUGUUACGAAGUACACCCGGGCGCGGACAUAAGUCUCACAAAGCGUACAUCGCCCUGUUUGUAUGCCUCACUACUAAGGCUAUCCACCUUGAAGUCGUGACCGAUUAUACUUCGGCCACCUUUAUCGCGGCGUAUCAUCGGUUCGUGUCCAGACGAGGUCUUCCCCAGGGGAUGUAUUGCGAUAAUGGCACAACUUUCCAAGGAGCCGAUCGCGAAUUAGCCGAUGCACAUCGUCGCGCCCUCCGCGAUCCAAAUUUUAUUGAGGCGACCGCUUGCGAAAAAACAUCGUGGCAUUUCCUUCCCCCGGCCGCCCCACAUUUCGGUGGUCUCUGGGAGGCCGGUGUGCGUAGCGUCAAAACGCACCUCAAACGUUGCAUAGGUGCUCACACUCUCACGUACGAAGAAAUGAACACCCUUCUCUGUAAAAUCGAAGCGUGUUUAAAUUCUCGACCGUUAUCCGCCGUCUCCGAGAAUCUGGAAGACUACCGCGUUUUAACUCCUGGGCAUUUUUUAAUCGGCGCUCCGUUAGCAGCGGUUCCCGAACCCAGCGUUCUCGACCUGCAUGAAAAUCGAUUGUCACGCUGGCAGAUGACGCAGCGCAUCACCGAAGGUUUUUGGAGAUCUUGGCGCAACGAUUACUUGCUCACCCUCCAACAACGCCCAAAAUGGCGAAUUGUACAAAAAUUAGCGCGCGUCGGUCAGUUAGUUCUUCUACGAAAUCCGCUAGCUCCCCCGAGUCAAUGGGAGCUCGGCCGAAUUGUUGCGUGCCAUCCCGGAGCCGACGGCUUGACGAGAGUCGUCACCGUCCGAACGAGCCGCGCAGAAUAUAAGCGCCCUAUCACCAAAAUUUGUUAUCUUCCCGUCGACAUCAAUCAAGAGAUGUCAAUGAUAUCCGGCUCGGCGGGCGGAGAUAAAAAGUAA